AUGGCUGGCUUCGUAUUAGUAUCCAACUCUGGCAAGAAAAUCUCUCUCGAACAUGCCUCUCAUCCAUGCCCCAGAUGCAAAAAUCAAAAUUCAGUUCAACUCACCAGAUCCGAAAAGUCGCUCAUUGUCUUAAACAAACGUAUCACUGACAAUUCAAGAGUUCGAUAUGAAUGCUCACAAUGUAAAUGGAAGAACCAAAUGUUACCUUACGAUGGCAGAGAAUCAGCAGAACUAGACCGUUAUCUAUCUGAAAACUCGACUGAUGAUUUCUUUUUUGGUGAGGCAUCCACACCUCCCUCCUCCUCAUCAUCUGCCUCUCCUUAG